GCUUAGUGUGUACACAGAUGAGAAUGGUACGAAACAUCACUGAACGUCCUUUACUCAUUUACCUUACAACAUCGAAUGAGAGUCAGAUAUUCAUUACAGGGUGGCACAAAGGUCAACCAUAUACCAAGGAUCCGAAGGUGAAAAGCUUUAUUACAUGGAUUAAAACUCAAAACAAACCUGAUCUUAUGAAGAAAGCUGUCAUUGGUGGAUAUUACCCUUUUCCACCAUUGCCAAAUACCUUUCUGGAAUACUGUAAAAACAAUAGAAGUAUAAAUAAAGUUGAAUCGGUCUUGAAAACCAUAAGUGAAAUGGAGAGGGAGCUUGAAGACUUGCACUACAGGGAGCACAGGCGCAUUGCUAUUCAGGGAAUAAUUAGUGUCAUAAGAUAUGUCAGCUGUAGCAGUGCAGCUCAAGAUGCCUCAGGAGUGGAACCAGUUCAGCCACCAUCUAAAACUACUGUAAAGCAUUCUAAGAAGUCCGUAGAGGAUCGUGUUAACAAGGGGAAAGACAGAAAAUGUGAAGACAAAGAAGAUCCCAGUUCCCAAUUCACG